AUGUGGUCACUGAAUAUCCUCGCGUUCAUGAAGCUCCUCCUUUUUUCUCUCGCCGCAACGCUUCCCCCAUCGACCGGGUUCGACGCUAUUGGUAGAGCAUCCCAAUUCCCAAUUACUCCGAACGAGAAAGCAGAGCCCCCCAAUCUUCAAGAAAUAACCACAGGACGCUCGCACACUGCCAGCCUCGGCAACGAGGAUGAUCCUAUCAACAAGCCGGAAUAUACCUUCCCGAGCUGGGACACCACCCACCUCCUCGCGCGUCGUCUUCUUGCCCUUUCAACUACUGGCGUCCUAUCAACCGUUUACCCCCCUAGCUCGUCCGUGCACAGGUCUUCGCUAUCGGGAGUCCCAAUAGGCCUCCCGGAUUACAUCGCGGAUUGCGCAAACGAGCCAUCGAGCGAACUGGAAGCUCUCCUCGGGCCGGGAAACCCGCUGAUCCUCGCACUGAAUGUCGGCACCACAUUCCGCAACACGAGGGCUGGCUCCAAUAUCUCACUGUCUCUUGACUGGUGGCAUCGGCAGGCUGAUGGGAGAACUGGUGUCUUUGGUGUUGGGCGCGAUGGCGUUGUGGGCGGGGCUGAGUUGCCUCGCUUGUCCCUCCUGGGCUCCCUUGUUCCAUUGGAGCAUUUGUCGGAUGCCACCCGCGUCGCGGUUGAGAGGUGCUUUCUGGAUGCUCACCCCGAUGCUAAGUUCUGGCUGCCUGAUCACGACAAUGCUGUGCACAGCGGUUAUUGGGCGAAGUUGGUUGUGGAAGAGGCAUUCUGGGUUGGGGGCUUUGGGGACCGCGCGCGGAUUGGGUGGUUGGAUCCUGAAACUUGGAAGUUGUACUAUGCCGGUAAGAGGGCAUAA